AUGUCCUUCACAAAGACCUAUUUUCUCUGCCCGACAUCUGACUUCAUUCAUCCUCCUCCAGCGGGUCUGCUAUGCCUUGGUUCUAUCAUACGCUCCACGUCAACACCGCAAUUUCCCCUCAACACAGCGAGCAUCGUACCCGUGGCCAACGCAAACCCGCCCGUGGUUGAGACGGAUUGGAAGAAGACCGUUUCAGCGGAAACAGGAUUUGGCUUGGGUGUUUACGCGCAAUUUCUGCAGCUGGCUACAGGCGGUUUACCCGUGGGCCCUGAAGUGGAUGCGGAGCAUUCUAACCGAAAGACGAGUAUGUUUGCAUUUGACACCGUGACAACUCUGUCAUUCGAGCCUACACAGCAGUACGUUGAGGAAGCCGUCAAAGCACCUGCUGUUCAGACGUGGUUGAGUCAGCCGAAGCAGCGAUUCGCCCCUGUUGUAUCGCUUUUUCUCAUUACAGGCAUGAAGCUCGUCAAAGGCGCAAAAAUUAAAUACUCGACUUCAGAGAGCACGAAAGUCACGGGGAAUAUCGGUAUCAACGCGGCCCCAAUUGGCAUGACGCUCGGCCCAAAAGGCCAAUGGAGCAGUGCCAACGACGAUGAAACGGAAUUCAAUCGGGAGUCUGAAUUUGUAUUUGCGUUCCGCGUUAAAAGGCUGAGAUUUGGACGGAAAUUGAAGGCUGAGGAGUACAAUAAGGGUGCGUUCCUCGCCGUUGGCAAAGAGAGAAAUGAUGAUGAGUCUGUUUUGGUGGAGGAUGUGGAUGGUUCUGAUAUCAAAUCUGCGACAGUUGUUCCUGAUAUGGCUGACAACGGUAGUGUUUAUUGUGUCCCCGCUUGA